GCUUCUGGAAUAACAUUCACAAUGGUUUUGGAUGACCUUCCAAAUUUAGAACACAUCUAUACUUCCUUGUGUUCAUCAGCAGUGGAAGACUCAGAGAUGGAUUUGGACUCUGGACUAGAAGAAGAUGACACCAAAAGUGAUAGUAUUUUGGAAGAGUCCACUAUCUUUGUGGCCUUCAAAGGAAAUCUAGAUGAUAAAGACUUCAAAUGGAAAUUGGACACAAUAUUAGAGAAUGUGCCCAAUUUGUUACACAUGGAAUCCAACAAGCUAAAGGUGCAGAAGGUGGAGCCCUGGAACAGUGUGCGUGUGACAUUUAACAUCCCCCGGGAAGCAGCAGAGCGGUUAAGGAUCCUGGCUCAGAGCAACAACCAGCAGCUCCGGGAUCUAGGGAUUCUCUCCGUUCAGAUUGAAGGGGAAGGUGCUAUCAACCUGGCUUUGGCUCAGAACCGAAACCAAGAUGUGAGAAUGAAUGGACCUAUGGGAGCUGGAAAUUCAGUUAGGAUGGAGGCAGGAUUUCCCGUGGCAGGUGGCCCAGGAUUAAUAAGGAUGACCAACCCUGCCACUGUUAUGAUACCCCAGGGUGGAAAUGUGUCGUCUUCCAUGAUGGCACCAGGCCCCAAUCCAGAGCUACAGCCCAGGACUCCUCGCCCUGCUUCUCAAUCAGAUGCAAUGGAUCCACUCCUCUCUGGGCUCCAUGUACAGCAGCAGAGUCAUCCCUCAGGAUCUUUAGCUCCUCCGCACCACCCAGUGCAGUCUGUUCCUGCGAACAGACAAAUGAACCCCACUAAUUUCCCUCAGCUGCAGCAGCAGCAGCAGCAGCAGCAGUUGCAGUCAAGACCCCCACAGCAACAUCAGCAGCAGCAGCCACAGGGAACUCGACCCCAGUUUACUGCCCCAACUCAGGUGCCUGUUCCUCCAGGCUGGAACCAGCUGCCUUCUGGAGCCCUUCAGCCUCCGCCAGCCCAGGGUUCUCUGGGCACCAUGACUGCAAACCAAGGAUGGAAGAAGGCUCCUCUGCCUGGCCCAAUGCAACAACAACUCCAGGCACGACCAUCCUUAGCCACGUUACAGACACCUUCCCACCCUCCCCCUCCGUAUCCUUUUGGCAGCCAGCAAGCCUCACAAGCCCAUACAAACUUUCCUCAGAUGAGCAACCCAGGCCAGUUCACAGCUCCUCAGAUGAAGAGCUUGCAGGGAGGGCCCUCCAGGGUCCCAACCCCCCUGCAGCAGCCCCACCUCACCAACAAGUCUCCUGCCUCCUCACCCUCCGCUUUCCAGCAGGGAUCUCCUGCAUCCUCCCCAACGGUUAACCAAACUCAGCAGCAGAUGGGACCAAGGCCACCUCAAAAUAACCCACUUCCCCAGGGAUUUCAGCAGCCUGUCAGCUCGCCAGGUCGGAAUCCUAUGGUUCAACAGGGAAAUGUGCCACCCAACUUCAUGGUGAUGCAGCAGCAACCACCAAACCAGGGGCCACAGAGUUUACAUCCAGGCCUCGGAGGAAUGCCUAAACGCCUCCCACCUGGCUUCUCAGCAGGACAGGCCAAUCCGAACUUUAUGCAAGGUCAGGUGCCUUCGACCACAGCAGCCACCCCUGGGAAUUCAGGAGCCCCUCAGCUGCAAGCAAAUCAAAAUGUCCAGCAUGCAGGUGGUCAAGGAUCCGGUCCUCCUCAAAGCCAGAUGCAGGUGUCCCAUGGGCCACCAAAUAUGAUUCAGCCUAGCCUCAUGGGAAUUCAUGGCAACAUGAACAACCAACAGGCUGGUGGUUCUGGGGUUCCUCAGGUGAACCUGGGCAACAUGCAAGGCCAGCCCCAACAGGCACCAUCUCAGCUGAUGGGCAUGCACCAGCAGAUCGUGCCCCCCCAGGGCCAGAUAGUCCAACAGCAAGGAACUUUGAACCCUCAGAACCCCAUGAUCCUAUCGAGGGCCCAGCUUAUGCCACCGGGCCAGAUGAUGGUGAAUCCUCAGAGCCAAAAUCUUGGGCCCUCGCCCCAAAGGAUGACCCCACCCAAGCAAAUGCUUCCCCAGCAGGGCCCACAAAUGAUGGCACCACAUAACCAGAUGAUGGGGCCUCAGGGGCAAGUUUUGCUCCAACAGAACCCAAUGAUAGAGCAGAUCAUGACCAAUCAGAUGCAGGGGAAUAAGCAGCAGUUUAGCACUCAGAACCAAUCCAGUGUCAUGCCGGGACCAGCACAGAUAAUGAGGGGACCAACUCCAAACAUGCAAGGAAAUAUGGUGCAGUUUACGGGACAGAUGUCAGGACAGAUGCUGCCCCAGCAAGCACCUGUGAACAGUAGUCCAUCUCAGGUUAUGGGGAUUCAGGGGCAGGUCCUACGGCCACCAGGACCGAGCCCACACAUGGCCCAGCAGCAUGGUGAUCCUGCUGCCACAGCAAAUAAUGAUGUCAGCUUGUCUCAGAUGAUGCCUGAUGUCAGCAUGCAACAAAACAACAUGGUUCCCCCCCAUGUGCAGGCCAUGCAGGGAAACAGUGCCUCGGGAAACCACUUCUCAGGCCACGGGAUGCCUUUCAAUGCACCUUUCAGUGGAGCACCCAAUGGAAAUCAGAUGUCUUGUGGUCAGAAUCCAGGCUUCCCAGUCAAUAAGGAUGUCACGCUAACAAGCCCAUUGCUGGUCAACUUACUGCAAAGUGACAUCUCUGCAGGCCAUUUUGGGGUAAAUAAUAAGCAGAAUAAUACCAACGCAAAUAAACCGAAGAAGAAGAAACCCCCUCGGAAGAAGAAAAAUAGUCAGCAAGAUCUAAACACCCCAGAUACUCGCCCAGCUGGUCUGGAAGAGCCUGAUCAACAAUCAUUGCCUGGAGAACAAGGAAUUAACUUGGAGAACUCAGGCCCUAAACUGCCAGAAUUUUCAAACCGGCCACCAGGUUAUGCUUCUCAACCAGUUGAACAGAGGCCACUUCAGCAGAUGCCUCCUCAGCUCAUGCAGCAUGUGGCACCCCCGCCACAGCCGCCACAGCAGCAGCCACAGCCACAACUGCCGCCGCAGCAGCAGCCACCUCCCACUCAGCCACAGUCCCAGCAGCAGCAGCAGCAGCAGCAGCAGCAGCAGCAGCAACACAUGAUGAUGAUGCUCAUGAUGCAACAGGAUCCCAAAUCCGUUAGGCUUCCAGUCUCCCAAAGUGUCCAUCCCCCAAGAGGCCCCCUGAACCCAGACUCCCAGAGAAUGCCCAUGCAGCAGAGUGGCAGCGUGCCUGUCAUGGUCAGUCUGCAAGGACCUGCCUCCGUGCCGCCAUCACCUGAUAAGCAAAGGAUGCCAAUGCCUGUGAAUACUCCUUUGGGAAGCAAUUCAAGGAAAAUGAUAUACCAGGAGAACCCACAGAAUCCUUCCAGCUCACCACUGGGAGAGGUGUCCUCGCUUCCUGAAGCGAGUGGCAGUGAAGUACCAUCUGUCUCAGGAGGCCCAAAUAACAUGCCUUCACAUUUAGUAGUUUCCCAGAAUCAGUUAAUGAUGGCAGGGCCAAAACCUGGACCAUCACCCCUUUCAGCAACUCAAGGUGCAACUCCCCAGCAACCUCCUGUAAAUUCCCUGCCCAGCACUCACGGCCACCACUUUCCAAAUGUGGCUGCUCCAACGCAGACAUCUAGGCCUAAAACACCAAACAGAGCCAGCCCCAGACCCUAUUAUCCUCAGACUCCCAACAACCGCCCUCCCAGCACAGAACCUUCAGAGAUCAGUCUGUCACCAGAAAGACUCAAUGCCUCCAUAGCAGGACUCUUCCCCCCACAGAUUAAUAUUCCUUUACCUCCUAGGCCAAAUUUAAACAGGGGCUUUGAUCAACAGGGCCUAAACCCAACAACUUUGAAGGCCAUUGGGCAAGCACCUUCAAAUCUAACCAUGAAUAAUCCUUCCAAUUUUGCUGCCCCCCAAACUCACAAGUUAGAUUCUGUGGUGGUGAAUUCUGGAAAGCAGUCUAACUCUGGAGGAACAAAACGGGCAAGUCCAAGCAACAGUCGCAGGUCUAGUCCUGGGUCCAGUAGGAAAACUACCCCAAGUCCUGGGAGGCAAAAUUCAAAAGCCCCUAAACUUACUUUGACCUCUCAAACAAACGCAGCUCUGUUGCAGAAUGUGGAGUUGCCGAGGAAUGUAUUGGUCAGUCCCACUCCUUUGGCCAAUCCCCCUGGACCUGGGAGUUUUCCUAACAACAGCGGGCUGAAUCCUCAGAAUCCCACCAUGCCUGUGGCUGCAGUUGGGGGUGUUCUCGAGGAUAAGAAGGAGAGCUUGAAUGUGCCUCAGGACAGCGAUUGCCAGAAUUCCCAGGGUAGGAAGGAACAGGUAAAUAUUGAGCUAAAAGCAGUCCCUGCCCAAGAAGUUAAAAUGGUUGUCCCUGAAGAUCAGUCCAAAAAGGAUGGACAACCUUCGGAUCCUAACAAACUUCCCAGUGUCGAAGAGAACAAAAAUGUGGUGUCUCCUGCUAUGAGGGAAGCACCAACAUCAUUAAGUCAACUUCUUGACAACUCUGGAGCUCCUAAUGUGACCAUUAAACCCCCUGGGCUUACAGAUCUGGAAGUAACACAUCCAGUAGUUUCUGGGGAGGACCUCAAAAAAGUUUCUGUCAUUCCCACACUGCAGGAUCCGUCUUCUUCUAAAGAACCCUCUAAUUCCCUAAAUUUACCUCAUAGUAAUGAGCCGUGUUCGACCCAGGUGCAUCCAGAAUUGAGUGAGGUCAGUUCUAAUGUUGCACCAAGCAUCCCUCCAGUCAUGUCAAGACCUGUCAGCUCUUCCUCCAUUUCUGCUCCCUUGCCCCCAAACCAGAUAACUGUUUUUGUAACUUCCAAUCCCAUCACAACUUCAGCUAACACAUCAGCAGCUCUGCCAACCCAUUUGCAGUCUGCGUUAAUGUCAACAGUCGUCACAAUGCCCAAUGUGGGUAGCAAGGUCAUGGUUUCUGAGGGACAGUCAGCUGCUCAGUCUAAUGCCCGGCCUCAGUUCAUAACACCUGUCUUUAUCAACUCAUCUUCAAUAAUUCAGGUUAUGAAAGGAUCACAGCCAAGCACAAUUCCCGCAGCUCCACUGACAACCACCUCUGGCUUGAUGCCUCCCUCUGUCGCAGUCGUUGGCCCUUUACACAUACCUCAGAACAUAAAGUUUUCUUCUGCCCCUGUACCACCUAAUGCGCCCUCCAAUAGCCCUGCUCCUAACAUACAGACAGGUCGAUCCUUGGUCCUUAACUCACGAGCCACCCCUGUUCAGCUUCCUUCUCCCCCUUGUACAACUACUCCAGUUGUCCCUCCUCAUCUCCCCAUCCAGCAAGUGAAAGAAUUGAAUCCAGAUGAGGCUAGUCCUCAGGUGAGCACCUCAGCAGAUCAGAGCACUCUGCCCUCCUCACAGUCAUCCACAAUGGUUUCUCCCCUUUUGACCAAUAGUCCAGGCUCCUCUGGCAACCGGCGAAGCCCAGUCUCAUCUAGUAAGGGCAAAGGAAAGGUGGACAAAAUUGGCCAGAUUUUACUGACCAAGGCAUGUAAGAAAGUCACGGGCUCUCUUGAGAAAGGGGAAGAGCAAUAUGGUGCAGAUGGAGAGACUGAAGGCCAAGGGCUAGAGACUACAGCUCCAGGGCUCAUGGGAACAGACCAGUUAUCCACAGAGCUGGACAGUAAAACCCCAACACCCCCAGCACCCACUCUGCUAAAAAUGACCUCUAGCCCUGUAGGCCCGGGCUCCGCCUCAGCAGGACCCAGCUUACCAGGCGGUGCUCUCCCCACCAGUGUACGUUCAAUGGUAACCACUCUGGUACCCUCUGAGCUCAUCUCCACGGCGCCGACCACAAAAAACAAUCAUGGUGGCAUAGCAUCUGAGCCACUUGCGGGUGGCCUAGUGGAGGAGAAGGUGGGAUCCCAUCCAGAGCUUCUACCCAGCAUAGCCUCUUCACAGAGUUUAAUCUCAAAGGAAACUCCAGCCACAGCACUGCAGGGGUCUAUUGCUCGACCAGAACUUGAGGCAAAUGCUGCCAUAGUCUCUGGGCAAAGCAGUGAGCCCAAAGAGAUAGUUGAAAAAUCCAAAGCCCCAAGCCGAAGAAACUCCCGAACUGAAGAGCCACCCGUGGCUUCUGAAAGUAUGGAAAAUGGACAUCGUAAACGGUCCUCUCGGCCUGCUUCAGCCUCCGGCUCUACUAAAGUGAGUAACACCGUCAUCUACCCAUCAGGCCCUCUGCUCUUGUUCCCCUAUAUCUCAGUGAGUAACACCGUCAUCUAUCCAUCAGGCAAGCUAGAAGUGCAGGAGUCCUCAUUGGACCACCUUUCUCCCUCCCUCACCUCUCGACCAUCACACAAAGCUGCUGGUUUUCUCUCAGGCAUCCCACACUCAUUUACUUUUUUCACUCUCACUGCUGCCCACUAA